AUGAUGACAGCGGUCUACGUCAGUCUUAUCAGCUGUUUUUUGAACGUCUUGUGAAAAUAGUAAAUUUUUGUUUAUUAUUCAUUAAAGGUUGAAAGCGUAUAUAUUUUACGGCAAUUUUUUCAUAUUUUAUCUAAGUCGACAUGAGUGAACAGCUGGAGAACAAUAAAAAAAAUAAAGCAUCAACAAACGUUGCACCUGGCGAUGGCAUCCGAUCAAUGCGAUCUACAAAUAUAUUCAGAGCAAUUAAUUUCGAACUCUAUGCUAAACCAAAUGCUAUAAUAAUGAGUAUUGGCUUGAUAGCGAUAGGUAUCACUUUUGGAUAUAUUGCAUACAUGCGUUCGAAAUACGAAGCUGGAUAUUACACUGCAAUUCGAAAUGGAAAAGAGGUGUUUGUGAAAAGAAAAUCCAAGUGGGAAUGA